UGGUUGUUUACUCCGUCACUCUCUCUCUCUGAAACUGCAACCGAAAGAAGAAGCGAUAGCGUUUCGUCUAUCCUCAUUCAGACAAGCCGACAAGUGUUGUCGACAUCUCUUCAAGCUUUUUGACUUACAAAUUCGUGUUGUUAAGUCAGUUCCUGAAUCUUCCGCCCCUAAAGAUAAGAGUUUGAGAUCAGCAAUGGAGACAGCAGAUCUAAAUGAUUAUACAGUUAUCAAGGAAGGAGAAGCUGAGAUUCUAAUGCACAAGAAGAACAAAGUCUUCUUCAACAAAGCUCAGGUGAAUAAUAGGGACAUGUCCAUUGCUGUCCUGAGGGCGUUUAUAUCCAAACGCAAGCAAGAGCAUGAUGCGAUGUUAUCCAAAAGAGCUAGAUCUUCUGGUAAAGUGGUUGAAAAGGAUGUCUCUGAAGUUUCCAAGGAAGGAGCUCCUACUGAAAACGGUGAGGAUAAUGGUAAAACUAACGGAGAAGAACAUGAGGCAUCAUCUAAGGAUGGAUCGAAGGAAGCUGCCAAGACCACGUAUGAACCGGCCCGAAGGGAACUCAAGCCGCCAAGAGUCCUUGAGGCACUGUCAGCUUCUGGGUUGCGGGCUUUGAGAUACGCUCGUGAAGUUGAAGGAAUUGGUCAAGUUGUGGCUUUAGAUAAUGACCCAGCAUCGGUUGAAGCUUGCCAGAGAAACAUAAAGUUCAAUGGCUUGAUGUCUACUUCAAAGGUCGAGUCACAUCUCACUGAUGCUCGUGUCCAUAUGCUCACCAACCCAAAAGAAUUCGAUGUGGUUGAUCUUGAUCCAUAUGGUGCGCCGUCUAUCUUCCUUGAUUCAGCUGUUCAAUCAGUUGCCGAUGGUGGGUUGCUCAUGUGUACAGCAACUGACAUGGCAGUGUUGUGUGGUGCUAAUGGUGAGGUUUGCUAUUCCAAAUAUGGUUCCUAUCCACUGAAAGGCAAAUAUUGUCACGAGAUGGCCUUGCGGAUCCUCCUCGCUAGCAUUGAGAGCCAUGCUAACCGCUACAAGCGGUAUAUCGUUCCUGUGCUAUCAGUCCAAAUUGAUUUCUACGCCCGUGUUUUCGUCCGUGUCUACACUUCGGCGAGUGCAAUGAAGAACACUCCACUAAAGCUCUCUUACGUCUAUCAAUGCAUUGGUUGUGACUCCUUUCAUCUUCAAUCCGUUGGAAGAUCUCUCCCUAAGCAUAACAGUGUGAGGUAUCAAGCAGGACUUGGUCCCGUUGUUCCUCAGGACUGCACUCACUGUGGGAAGAAAUACAACAUGGGUGGGCCGAUAUGGUCUGCUCCAAUGCAUGAUCAAGAAUGGGUGACUUCGAUACUGAACGGUGUUAAGUCCAUGAAAGAUAGAUAUCCUGCUUACAACAAAAUAUGCUCUAUGCUUACCACAAUCUCAGAGGAACUGCCAGAUGUUCCGCUCUUUUUGAGCCUUCACAAUCUCGCUGCAACGCUGAAAUGUACUUCGCCUUCAGCUGCUAUGUUUAGAUCAGCUGUGAUCAAUGCAAAGUACCGUGUCUCCGGGUCACAUGUGAACCCUCUCGGGAUUAAAACUGAUGCUCCUAUGGAGAUCAUCUGGGACAUCAUGCGUUGCUGGGUGAAGAAUCAUCCUGUGAAGGCGCAGUCACCUGACCAUCCUGGGAGUGUGAUUCUGUCUAAAGAACCGUCUCAUCAGGCUGACUUUUCGCGCCACGUUGGUUCACUAAGCAAAGCACAGGUGAAGAAAGUAGCGAGGUUUCUGCCGAAUCCAGAGAAGCAUUGGGGACCAAAGGUGAGGGCUGGUCGUCAAAUCACAAGCAAACACGUGUCGCUUAUUGGUCAUGAAGCUGUGAACGGUCAUCUCAAUGGCCACAAGGAAGCAGCAGGAGCUGAAGAAGAAGAAGAAGAGGAGAAAGAAGAUGUCGUUGAGGAUGAGCCAGAGAUGAAACGCCAGAAGAUUACAGAGGUUAUUGCCUCGUCAUCAUAGAGGUUAAUGUUUACACAGAAAUUUUAGAUUUUGAACUGCAAAAGAUUUGCUUUUUUUUUUUUUCAUUUGAAACACUAUUCAUCAUGUUCUGCGUUUUUGUUCAAAGCACACAUAUUGAACUUUUAAAUAUCGAUUUUUUAAUCUUA